AUGGAAGAUAUGAGGUUUAUGUAUACUUUGUUGCCGGCAAAGUUAGGACAGGAGUGGGAACCCUGGAAUUUUUUCGUUAGAACAUCUUCUAUUUCCCGCAAAUCAUCUUCUUUCGCCUUGGCUAGUCUUGCCAUGGUGGGUAGCCUGAUAGGGCAGUGUGUGGGGUCAUGGGUCUUGUUUUUGGUCCGAUAUAGGCUUACAAAAGGUGGGCCAUCGGAUAGACCUGGCACUCAGAGCCCAUUGGCAUAG